UCCGGCGUGUACCGUGCUUUUGGAUUCGUCUGGUACUACCAAAUCUUUUCAUUUUAUGUUUGUCAUUUUACUUUAAAGAUGGGUGAGAUUGAUGGCGAGGAGUCCGCUGCUGUGGAUGUGGUGCCUCAGGCUGAAGAUCCCAGGCCUCCCACUGCGGAGCUGCUGCGCGUCGGCCGUCGCCUACAGCGGCGCUCGGUCAGUCAGAGCAGCACCGACUCCACCUGCCACCCGGCGCACCCAGGAGCCGACCAGGCGGCUAACGACUCGGCCGGCAGCGGGAAGGCGGGCGACCUCUCCACCAGCGCCUCCGGACGACUGUCGACCCCGGCUGGUGGAACCCGGCCGGUGGACCCCCGGCUGGUGGACCCUGGCUGGUGUACUCCGCCCGGUGGACCCCGGCUGGUGGUGGCGCGCCGCGUGCCCUAUCCGCCUUCCACCCCCGUGGACCCGUGUCAGGCG